AUGUCAACUUCUUUACAUUCACCAUCAUCACCAUCAUCAACACAGCAUCAUCAACAACAACAACAGCAACCCGAAAAGCUUGAUCUACAUGACUUGGUGGAACAAUACAAAUCACAUCCUGAUCUACUCAAGCUCAUCCUGACUAGCAAGGUUGAAGAAGAUAAACGAAGGGCUGAAGAAGCCAAAUUAAAAGCAAAAGAGCUCGAUGUGUAUUUGCAUCAUCAACAUCACUCAUGUGCUACCAAGCGUCGUCUUUCAUGUCUUUCAUCAUCCUCUUCGUCUGUUGUUGAAGACAAUCGCAGCAUUGAAUCCAUGGAUCAACGUCGCAACUCGGCAGCCGCAGCCAUGGUGGCCUUGGCAUCUGAUGAUUAUACCUCCCCCGCUUCUACUACCACCACCACCACAUCUUCUUCUUCUCCAUCGUCUCCUCCUCCAUCACAAACCAACUAUGGCUCCUAUCCAUCUCCGGAUUCGUAUUACGACGAGGAAGUAGUGGAACGACCAAGGAAACGACGAGAGAUGCAAGCCAUCACUAAAAUUGUUGAGACUCGGGAAUUCCCUUACCAAGAUAAUUACUUUUGGAAGAAUAAUGGCAACACCACGCAAAAGAAAACGGGUUGUAAAAGUAUUUAUUACAAGUGCAGUAAUAGCAACAAGGGAUGUCCUGUGAACAAAACCGUAACAGCAAGGCCAAAUGGCGAAUACUUGAUAAAAUACCGUGGAUUACAUUUAUCAGAAUGUGGUCGAGUAGAGCGUGUUUGUGAUUUGUAA